AUAAAUCUAAUUGAAGCGCCCUCUGGUGAAAGAAUGUUAGCAAAUUUAUACGGACUAAGGACAUGAUAGACAGGCUACUGAAUAACUUUGGUUGCAGGGGGCAGUUGUUUCCCUGAAAUAUUUUGAAUAUUUAGAGUACCUGUAGCCAUGGACCCCCACCACAGUGCCCAAGAUGUCGUCCGAUGUGACCUUUGUGAAACAGCUAUAGUACAGAUGUACUGUGAUUUCUGCCAUGUCAACUUGUGCUUUGCCUGUAUAGGAAAACACAUUGCUGAUGACUAUCAAAAACACAUAGUGGUACCAUUCCAAAACCGAAAAUCUACCUUGAUCUAUCCAAAGUGUAGUACACAUCAAAACAAAGUCUGUGAAUUCCUUUGUAAGGAAUGUGACAUGUCUGUCUGUUCAAUGUGUACUAUAUCUGCAGACAAACACAAGGGUCAUACAUUUUCAAUUCUUUAUGAAAUCUACAAUGAAAGAAAAGCAGACAUUACAAAAGAUUCAGAGGAGAUAGAAAAUAUUAUUUCUGCAACAUAUGAAGAAAUGGCCACUGAUUUAGAAACUCAAAUAGCUAACUUGGAUGGAGAAUAUGUGAAAUUCACAACAGUAGUCACAAAACAUGGAGAGGAAUGGCACAAAGAAAUUGACAAUGCCAUCAACAAAAUGAAAAACGAAAUAGAAGAGAUGAAAAUCAAACACCUGGAAAUUCUGAAGAAACAUUUGGAUGAAAUUAAGCAGAUACAGUCCCUUAUUGAGCAAUCACUGAUUACUCUGAAGGAAAUGGAGGAAUCCAAUGAAGUGUCUGUGACCAUGGAAUACAGAUCCAAAAACAAAGAAUUCAGAAAACUUCCUCCCAAAGUCCGAGUCUCACUGCCUACAUUUAGUCCGAUAGACAGUGAACAGCUUUACAAGUCACUGGGAUCUUUGAUACCAUUAUCAUUUACCACAGAUGAAAAUGCUGACACAAUGAAGAAAAGAGAAACCUCACCCAAAGAACUGAUGGACGAACCAAAGCUUGUCACUACAAUAAAUACUGGGUAUAAAUACCUCUGCAAUGUUACCUGUCUGAGUGAAGAAGCAUUCUGGACAUGUGCAGAAGUCAGUGAUAUGAAAUGCUUUAAUGUUAAAGGUAAAGUUAUCAAUGCAAUCAAAACAAAAUCAGGGGAACGGUCAGGUGAUAUAGCAGUGACAAGUGAUGGGAAUCUAGUGUACUGUGACCAGAAAACAAAGACUGUUAAUAAAGUGAAGAGUGGACAGAUAGAGGAGGUGAUCAGACUACAGGGCUGGACUCCUCUCAAACUCUGUGUCACCUCCUCUGGAGAUCUCCUGGUUACCAUGUGCAGUGAUGAUCAAACACCAUCCAAAGUUGUUCGUUACUCGGGUUCCACAGAGAAACAAACAAUCCUGUAUGAUGAUGAGGGGAAGCCUCUAUAUUCAGGAAGUCCUACAAUUAAACACAUCAGUGAAAACAGAAAUCUGGAUAUCUGUGUGGCUGACUGUGGAGCUGGUGCAGUAGUGGUGGUCAAACAGACUGGAAAACUUCGAUUCAGAUACACUGGUCAUUCUUCCACUACCAAAAACAAAGCAUUCCAACCCUUGGGAAUCACAACAGACAGUCAGAGUCAGAUCCUGACAGUGGACCCUUAUAAUCACUGUAUCCACAUCCUGGACCAGAAUGGACAGUUCCUCCGCUAUAUAGAUCACUGUAAUCUGAAGUAUCCAUGGGGUUUAUGUGUGGACAAAAGUGACAACUUGUUUGUUACUGAGUAUUAUUAUAGUGGAAAUGUGAAGAAAAUCAAUUAUUUACAAUAAAUACUAUUAUUUAUAUCUACAGUAAUAUCCUUGAAAUCUCAGUGUUGAAAAUAUCGCUCUCAGAAUGUAGUAAAUAUUCUUGGACUAAUUCAAAGACCCAUUGGACAUCCUGUAUAUAUAUAAAGUUUUGAAUUCCAACUGAAUUUUAAGUAUUUCUGAUAUUUUUCAGCAACCAGGAUGCAGUAAUAUGCAUCUUUUAAGGUUUUCAAUGUAUAAAGGAAGGAUAAUGAAAAUUUUUGAUUGAUUGAUUGAUUAUGGUUUUAUGCCGUUUUGGCAGAGGAAAUUCACAUGGUUGGUAAAUGAUUAGAAGCUGACCUUUGUGGACUUGAGACUUUUUUGAAGACUUGUCUGCCUUUUGUAAAAAAAAAAAAAAAAAGAAUGAAAAGAAAAAAUCGAAUUUUCUAAAAAUGUGUUGGGUAAAUGAUUAAUUUUAUUUUAUAUUUUCAUGAAGAGAAAGUGCAUAUAACUUUCUACCAAGAGAUUUGUAUGAAAAUGCAAUAUUUUGAUAAAACAUGCUCUUCCCAAAGACAACAAUGUUAUUUUCUAAGUGAAUUUUGACAAUGGUGGGUUAUUUUUAUUUGAUGAACCCUUCAUUUUUGAUACCAUGAUUACAAAAAUCCCAUCAUCUAAUCACUAGAUAUGAAACAUGGUUGUUAUGCAGUGAAUACCUUUAUAUGGAAGCCAUAUAAUCAUUUUUUUGUCAUUAUUUGAAUAGCUGAUUGUAGCGAUUCCAUAUGCAAUAUUGUCAUUCAUUAUUGCAGAUUGCAAAUGAAUUCAUAUGUCCCAUUC